AAGGUUGUUGAGACGAAGGUUGUUGAGACGAAGGUUGAAGGUAGCCAAACGAUUGUCACCACACGUACUGUGACCAGCACUUUGGCGGAGGCUUCUGAUGAGACCUAUAUCGAGAAAGAUACUGUCGACAAGAAAAGUGACGUUGUUACUGGUUACACUGAUGAGCAUUACACUGUUGAGACAUCUGUUGGUACAGGUGAAGCCAUAUCUACUCAGGCUGUGAUCUCUACAUUUGACGGUAGUGCCAUGAGGGUGGUAGGAUCUGCUUUAGCAGCAAUUCUCGCGGGUAUUCUCUUCUGUUGA